AUGAGUAUUGGCAAUGGUGAUGUUAACGGUGAUUUCACUGGUAAUUUCGCUGUAUGUCACUCGUGGCAUAAAAUCAGUAAAGACCCUGAGCUCUGGCGCUACACAGACUCUGAUCUAGUUGAGAUGACCAAGAAUGCAAUUGACCGGAGCUGUGGACAAUUGAUUGAUCUCAAAAUCGCAAGUUUUGGAUGUGACGAUCUCCUCAUACAUCUUUCUAACAGAUGGAUUGCAACUAGAAUUAUCUUGACAUGUUUGGAACUUGUUGGUCGCCACUGUCCGGGAUUGAAAUCACUCACAUUUAAUCAAAACGGAAUGUUUCAUGAAUAUGAGUCUGAAAAUGAGGAAGCAUUUGCUAUAGCAAGAAGCAUGCCUGAGCUGCGUCACCUUAGCCUAUUUGAGAAUCCGAUGUCGAACAAUGGUCUUCAAGCUAUCCUCUACUCUUGCCAUCAUCUUGAAUCACUUGAUAUUAGGCAGUGCUUUAGCGUUAAACUUGUGGAUUGUGAAUUGAGUAAAAUAUGUUCUUCUAUAAAAAGACUCCGCGACCCUCAUGACUGUAUUGAUGAUUAUGAAUUCAAAUUCGACUCAUGCAUUCUCAGCACGGAACCUUAUCAUGAUUUCGUCUCCUUUGAACAUUCCUUCAUGUAG